AUGUCUCGAUGUAAACCACUGGCUUAUCAGUCUUCCAAAACUGUUCUUGAGUAUAUCAGUUUUGGAAAGAGAAAACAUUUCUAUGCCAUCUGUCCCGCAAUCAGAAAAAUGGAAGAAAUUUUGCCUUAUCACCUCGAAUAUGUCAAGCUGGAACGUAUGAGGCGAGACGAUAUCAUGAUGGUGAUCGAUUCUUUUGGAUUUAGUUUUUGGAAGUAUGAGGGAAAUAAGAUGCUUAUAAAUAAUCUUUCGACGGUAAAACGUGUUGAUCAGCUUACCAGUUUGGGACCCGAGCAGGCAGCGGAGAAAUUUUCAUUGUAUAAUUUAAACAGAAAGGGAACACGAAUUAAGAAUGUUGAGUUGAAUGCCGGACCCUUGUUCAUUUCGAAAUUCAUUCCAAUUGCUAUCAAAAACUUGAGUGUGAAAAGAACCGAUGCAUGGUUCCCAACAAAUAUUCCAGUUGAACAAGUAAAAGUAGAUACUAUCUUUCGUGAAGACACUCUCAAAAUGGCGAAGCACGUGACAGUGAAAAUUCCGGUACAUAUCACAGAAAAAAUCAAUACAGAAAUAGUAUCUGAAUGGAAUUGUGAAUCCAUCCUAAUUGAUUCAUUGAUGCGAAGUGAAGAGAUCGCGGACUACUGUAACAAAGUAUCAAAAAGAACCAAUAGGCUCAUUGGAAGUAGGUUGAUGGCAAAUCACUGUUCACCAGUGGAACGCCUGAUUGAUAUUCUUCAUUCUGAAAUGAAUGCCAGAAAGACAGUCUUGAAUGACAGAAAAUGUGCAACAAUUUCAAUCGACGAGUCGACUGAAUUGAACGUAUAUCGUUUUUUUGCCGUUAAUCGUUUUUUUGUGGUUGUGGAAGUCUGUGUGAGAGGGACUGCACUCGAUCAAGUUGUUUGA